AUGACGGAAAUGUACUACGCGCUCGACUACCCAGGAGUGUACCUCAAAACCAACUUCGCAGAGAGCAAAGUACGCAUGGCAGUUUUGCAAGAGAACUCGGCAGACACCGGCGAAGCCCCGUUGUAUGCUGUCUGGGACUCCCUCUGGGGCUUAUCUGAUACAAUGGCUCGUGCGACCAAGGAUAUGUCCGGAAAAGAAGGACUGCGCGUACACAGCGUCUUGGUGAUCGAAGAGGAACUCUGGGAGGGCGUAACGAUCUUGAGUCAGCCACCAGGAAAGAACGAACGUCGUCUGCAUGUCUACCCUAUGAAUGACUUCUAUCGCAGUGUUCUCAAUCAUACCGCGAAGAACGAUGCCAUGCAAAAUCCCGCACUUCGAUACAAGCCGAUGCCUAGGCAGCUUGUUGCGCCGAAGAACAAGGCCCAGGAGGAGAAUGUGGAUGAUGAGGAACUGGUCGGCAGCAGCGGUGUUCAGGGGCAUGGCUACACUACCCGCAAAGCCAAAGGUAAGGGAAAGCAGAAGCAGGCGACUACCGACGAAGACAUGGACACAUCGAGUGAGGACGAAGAGGACCAACCUUUAUACUUGUGCGUCCGCCGGCAGGGUACAAGUCCAUACUACCUCAUCGCCGAAGACGACAAUCUCUUCCUUGUUCGUUGUGAACACGCUGGAGACUGGGAGCGCAUGCUGAAAGAAGGCCCCAAAGGCAACCUGGAGUCCUUCACCUUUGACAGCGCUUCCCGAGUUGAGCUAUCUUCGUUUCCCAAAGGCUUCAGCAUCCGACUGAUCGACUGUGGUAUGAUCUCGAAGAAGAAGCCGGCGAACGCUCCAGUCGGUACCACGAAUCGCGAUUCGGUUGACGACAACACAUUUCAUCUGCUGCACCCGGAGACAAACAGGCUGAAACACCGUGAGUACUAUUACUCUUACAAUAGGCACGGCAACUCGGUCGAAGAGGCGAAGAUGUAUCCAAAGUGGGACGACAGAAUCGCUAAGUAUAACGAGAGCGUGCUGGAUGAGUUUCUGAAUGCGUUGCAAGACUUAGUGUUGGAUGCCGCUGGCUCGUGGACCGACAACAGGCCUUGA